AUGGAAAACUACACAUUCAACAGCCUCACACUCCAGAUGGAGGGUUUAAACGUCACAAAGGUAAACAAGUACCCCAUCUUUUUCUUUCUGCUCUUGACCUACGUGUUCAUAUUGACGGCCAACGUGGGCAUUGUGGUGUUGAUCUGGACGGAGAGAAGCCUCCACCAGCCAAUGUACCUCCUUUUCUGCAACCUGUCUAUUAAUGAUGUCAUGGGGAACUCUCUUCUUGUUCCCCGGGUGCUAGCAGACAUACUGGUGCCUCCCUCUGAGCGCCUCAUUCACUACUACGAGUGUCUGAUGCAAGCUUUUACCACACAUAUGUUCGGCACCAAUGCUCACACAGUGCUCAUGAUCAUGGCCUUUGACAGAUAUGUGGCCAUCUGUAAUCCUCUGCACUAUACAACCAUAAUGACUGAUAAAAUGGUGAUAAAGCUGACAAUUUCUGCCUGGGGGGUGGCUUUUGUGUUGGUGGCCAUUCUGCUGGGUCUGACCAUACGUCUGAACCGCUGCAGAACUCUGAUCAAAAAUCCUUACUGUGAUAAUGCCUCCUUGUUCAAGCUCUCAUGUGAAAAUGUGUUCAUCAACGACGUCUAUGGCCUCACGUUCACUGUCAUCCUGCUCUCAGCCUCUAUCGGCAGUAUAAUCCUCACAUAUUUGAAAAUCACAGCAGCCUGUCUGACCAGUAAGAGCAAGUCUUUGAACAGUAAAGCCUUAAAGACGUGCAGCACUCACCUGAUCCUGUACAUGAUCAUGCUGGCCAGCGGGAUGAUCCUGAUCACCCUCCAUCGUUUCCCAGAGUACUCCGAGUACAGAAAGAUUUCAGCCAUCCUCUUCAACGUCGUCCCUGGCAGCCUUAACCCCGUCAUCUACGGGCUGCAGUCUCAAGAAAUACACAAGUGCGUGUUUAAUAUUUUCCACUUGAAAAGAGUGACACCAUCACUUUAA